AUGACCGGCAAACUCGCCGAGAAGGUGCCGGUGACCAUGAGCAGUUUGCUAAACCAAUUGCCUGACAAUCUGUACCCCGAGGAGAUCCCCAGCGCGCUCAACCUCUUCUCCGGCAGCAGCGACUCGGUAGCCCAUUACAAUCAGAUGGCUACAGAGAAUGUGAUGGACAUCGGUCUCCCCAACGAGAAGCCCAACCCGGAACUCUCUUAUUCCGGCUCUUUCCAGCCAGCCCCCGGCAACAAGACCGUGACCUACUUGGGAAAGUUCGCUUUCGACUCUCCUUCCAACUGGUGCCAGGACAACAUCAUUAGCCUCAUGAGUGCCGGCAUCUUGGGGGUGCCCCCGGCCUCGGGGGCGCUCAGUACGCAGACGUCCACGGCCAGCAUGGUGCAGCCUCCGCAGGGCGACGUGGAGGCCAUGUAUCCGGCGCUGCCCCCCUAUUCCAACUGCGGCGAUCUCUACUCGGAGCCCGUGUCUUUCCACGACCCCCAGGGGAACCCUGGGCUAGCCUAUUCCCCCCAGGAUUACCAAUCGGCCAAACCGACCUUGGACAGCAAUCUCUUCCCCAUGAUUCCCGACUACAACCUAUACCACCACCCUAACGACAUGGGCUCCAUUCCGGAACACAAGCCCUUUCAGGGCAUGGACCCCAUCCGGGUCAACCCACCCCCCAUCACCCCCCUGGAGACCAUCAAGGCCUUCAAAGACAAGCAGAUCCACCCGGGCUUCGGCAGCCUGCCCCAGCCUCCGCUCACUCUCAAACCCAUCCGGCCCCGCAAGUACCCUAACCGGCCUAGCAAGACCCCGCUCCACGAACGGCCCCACGCGUGCCCCGCCGAGGGCUGUGACCGCCGCUUCAGCCGCUCCGACGAGCUGACCCGGCACCUGCGCAUCCACACGGGCCACAAACCCUUCCAGUGUCGGAUUUGCAUGCGGAGCUUCAGCCGCAGCGACCACCUCACCACCCACAUCCGCACGCACACCGGCGAGAAGCCCUUCGCCUGCGAGUUCUGCGGGCGCAAGUUUGCGCGCAGCGACGAGCGCAAGCGCCACGCCAAGAUCCACCUCAAGCAGAAGGAAAAGAAGUCGGAGAAAGGGGGGGCGCCCUCUGCCUCCUCGGCGCCCACCGUGUCCUUGGCCCCCGUGGUCACCACCUGCGCCUGAGGCUCGGGCACCAGGUCCCUUCUUUUCCCUUCCAGUGCCUCCUGGCUGGUCGCCUGAAAGCAGCGGGGAAAGCCAGUCAUCGAGGCGCA